AUGAACGCCCAGCCUUCAGAGUGUCAGGCGCUGGAGCUCUCGAGGGCUGAAAAAUGCCACAAUGAAGCUACUCAUGCGGAAGGCCUAUUUUGUUGGUUUCACUCCAAGCAGGUCUAUGGCCUCUAUCUCGGCUACAAGCGACGCAACGCCCGGUUGGACGCGUUGGAUGAUGAUGCACCCGAGUAUUUGAAAAGCUCGACUGUCCCGCUUGCCAACCAGACAUUCCAGGAUCUGGAUGACGAAAAGGCACUGCAAGAGGUGCACGCGCAUCUAUUUGAGAAGUACAACCUGUUAGGGAGAGUUAUUGACGCUCGGAGGCUUCAUCAUAAGCACUUUUAUUCUCUAAAAGUCGACUAUGGGCACCAAGCAUACCUUGACAAGCUCAGUAGCCAACGGCACACUGUCCUCCGAGCCUUGGAGAAGCUGGAUCGACGGAUUGCAAAGUUGCUCUAUGAAAAAGAGCAGUGGUUUGCAUGGGCUCGUCAGGCCCAGGAUGAGGAGGAAGAGAACCGUGACAAAGAGCAGAAGAAGAUCAAGCAGGAAGCUGCUCUGUUUAAACGCCACUGGGCAGUGGUCCAGGCCAGACUGAAGAGCAAGCGACAGAAGGAGGAGAAGAAGCGUCAUGAAGCAUACCUUGAGGCAGCCUAUCAAGAGAGAAAGGCGAUGGACUCGGCAGGAGAGGAUGGAGACGAGGAGUGGGAUCCUAUUGAAGACGAAGACCUGGACAAGCGCAACCAGUAUGUUGAUCUGAUUAAGCACUUCCUUUGGAUGGAGGUACUGGAGCAGGAUCAAAGCGCAUCUAACAUCGAGCCUGUCACCACCGGAAACCUUGAGGACUCUGCCCUUGGGAAAGAGGUCUCGACUCCUGCUAAAAAGCCAAAGAAAAAGAGCAAGAAGGGUGACCCCUCAAAGACUGCAUCGGAUUCCAGCAGCUUUAAGGCAGUUCACGGACCGGAGAGCGGCCAGAAGACACUACUUGCCAUGCAAGCAAGCGGUCCGGUUGUCAUCGGCGAAGAAAAACGAGAACCCGAUAAAGGCAGCAUUGAGACAGAGGUGGAUAUGAGGAAACGUCUGAAAGAGGGAGUCGAGAAGGACCACUCCCAUUCUUGGGGCACUCAGCUCGUUGGCUCUCUUGAAAAUCCCCACGCGACAUUUGACAGGACAGCCGCGAUGACUGACGAGGACAUUGAUUCUACGGUCGAGGAAGUAAAGGAGAUCAAGCUCCUGUUGUUUUGUCGCCUUGUUCUUGCACACGCCUCGCUAUUGCCUGCUGCUCUACGAGCUAGCAACGUGGAAGAGUUCUUGCAAGAUGCUGAAAUUACGGAGUCUGAUUUGCGAGAUAUCUGCUUGAAGGUCGAGGCUCCGACUUUACAGAAUAUUCGAGAUGCAUGUGCUGAUUUCGCCCGUGGAGAUGAACUUGAAGAUGACCCGGGUGAAAAUAUCGAGGAUGAAGAGGAAACUGAAGACUUUCAGGAUUUGCUCAACGGAGACAAGCGCUACCAGCACUUGCACAGCAAGGACUGGUUGUUGGAGCAUAUCAUGGAUGGCCAAAACCGUAUCGAUGAAGCUGGGAAGACCAAGAGCAAGAAGAGGAGAGACAAGAAGAAGAGCAAAAAGGCUAAGGAUCUUACAAACAAGAAAACCAAGAUCACAAUCUGCGGCAAAACCAUUUGGAACCAUGCCAGCGAGAAAGCAAUGUCGAGAGAUGGCUGGCUCCAGUUUUCCAUCAUCGCCAAAGACUGUGACCUUAAACACGCGAUCCAACUUUGCCGGAACUGGAGCGAGUUCUCCGACUUGAAUCUUCUUGCACUUUGGCAAUUUUUCCCUGCGUCGAAUUGGGUGGCCUGGACCCCAAACCAAAUGGUUGAGCACCUCCAAAAGCUCGAAUUCUUUCCAUAUUUCAUCGACACCAAUGCGCAACAGCACAGCCGCUACUACCAGGUCGGUGGGAGGGGCCAGGCAAGACGCCAGCACGAUAUCAUCGAGGCAAGGAACAUCAUUGUUGGCCAUAUGAAACGCAACGACCCAGUAACUCGUCGAUUUCUCCAGUACAUGAUCAUGAGAACUGGGGAGGUGUUGGUUUUAGUGCGGGACGGGAAGACUGGUCGUGUGAUAACAGCACCUCCUGACGAACAUUUGUGGACAUACCGCCGCAAGUCAGGAAUCGGCAGGGCCUCAAAAAACGAAUGGUUUAACAUACUCGAAGUUGGACCUCAAUUCUUUGCCUUGAACGACAAGUACCGAGAGUGGCGUUUUGGGUUUGACGAUUACUACGACGUGUAUAUCUGGGACUUUGUCCCUUGCCAGACUGUUAGCUCGCUAUCUAACACUAUCAUAUAUGAACUCCGAAAUGCAUGGCGCCUAACCAACCCACGCGAAAUUUAUUCGCACAUGGAGCCAUUGCUGAGUUCUCUCACAAGAGAAGAGACAACCAUGAGGACCCGCAAGAUAAAGCCAGGGGAAGAUGUUCGGACCCUCUGGGACAUCGUUAACAGCGACUCUAGCGAAUUCAUCAUGUAUCAAGUCAAUGAGAGUGACAAGAAAGUUGUUACUAAAAAGGGCGCUGAGCUCGCUAAGUGUUCGUACCUUUUCUACAAUGAGGGCAACGUUCUUGAAGACGCGAUCCUAUUUCCGGAUGAACUGCAGGCAAACCACAAAAGUGUGCCAUUUCGAGAGAUCAAGAACCCCAUCGAUCGGAUAGAGACGGGAAUUAUGAAUCCUGAUAUGCGCGGCUGGGCAAAGGUAAUGGAUGUCAUAACCAGUGACUUUCCGAGUACAACCAUGCAUGCCCAUGAAGAAGAGGACAAGAUUGAACAAUGGAUAUGGGAGUGGCCUGAGAUUUGGGAGAGUGGCCUGGAUGCGCUUUGCUCCAAUACAUACCCUAAAGAGAUGGAAGAAGUCCUCAUGCGGACUCGCGUUACUGAGAUUGGAAGUCUAGAGCUCCACGAGCAUUAUGAAACUUCCAGUAAGGUGGAGGUCAUAGAACGAGAACGAUCCAUCGCUGAUGAGCCCAUGCCCAACGAUUUAAGUGCCCCAUGGCCGCACUCGUUCAUUGUCAACGAUAUAGUGCGGGCCUUUGCAACCAUGGCGAUGUUCUUCCCUGAGCUUGAAGUAACCACUCUUGUCACCAAGUUCAUCCGAUCAGACCAAUGUGAGAGCUUUAGGAACUCGCUGCUGUUCAACCCACGGGAGAGAGGAAAGACGCAACCGGACCGCAGGACCCGAACAAGUCAAAAGCUUCGCGAUUCCAAGUUUUGGGAUGAGUGGAACAAAGUGUGGGAUGCGGAAGGUUACUAUACGGAAAAUAUCCCCUUGGAAUGGAACAUUGCAAUCCGCCCUAUCAUCGCUAAACUGUAUCGAGCGGGUGUCAUCACGCCAACGUAUGCUGAGAAUGACCGUCUAAUCAUUCUAGGCGUUGCCACAGCCAAUACCGAGCCACACCGGCCAGGCAAGCUGGACUUGUUCAUCAACUACCAUAAUCCGUAUUGCGAAUUUGUUCCUGGCUUGCCACCCAACUAUACUCCACCCGACAGAUGGCCAGUGCUGCUCCCACUCGCCCAGAAGUUCGCCAGUAAGCACGAGGGAGCUCGGUUCGCGCUUCUCCGUCUCUGGUCCGCACCGCAUUUCUAUCCUCUUAUGGUCGGGCCGAACAAUCGCUCGAAUACUACUUUCCUCGAUGGCGUAGGCAGACCAUGGGAGUUCAGAUUUGUGCCCAAGGACAUGCUUGCCACCGAGUCGAUGAUACACACUAUCGUCCAGACGAGAUUGAAGUUCAUUCACAAACAGGUUGGUGAUCAGGUUGCGCAUCGGGGAGAUUUGAUUUUGGUGAUGGCAGAAGAUUCUAAGCAACUCUUCAAGUAUGCUACUGCGGUUACAUUUGCACUGCAGACGAGACCUUGGAUCAGGGAAGUUGAUCUGUGGAAGAGCUUUGUAAAUGUGGAAUUGGAUGUGCUUGAGGGCUUAGAUCCUUACUGGUGGGACUGA